UAAUGCUUUUUACACAGCUGGCUGAAUUCACAUCUCUUUCAUCUAUAAAGGCCAACUUCAUGAACAAAAUGAAUGUGGAUAAUGAAUAUUCCACCCAAUGGGCUUGUCAACGAUAUUUACACCGCAUUAUUGCAGUCGCAGAGAAAUUUAACAUCUUUGUCUUCAUUGAGUUUCCAUUUGGUUUGACGCUGCUACCGGAGCCCCGGAAUGUGAUCAAAUGUGUUGAGCAUUACGAUACAAAUACUAAGUCCGUCUUCUGGAAUCUCUCCGUGCAUGUUCCCAAAAAUACUGAGAGGCAAAUCCGUAAUUUUAGUGAGCUUUUGGGAUUUAACUGAUCACAUUGCUUGAAUUGAAUCACGUUUGAAAUUGAAUCUUUGAAGUUGAAAAUUUUAAUUUUAUACCUAAGCAGAUCAUAUCUGAAUAAUUGUCUUAACUUUGAAAAUGCUUUUGCAAUUGCAAUCCCAUUGCUUGAAUCACGUUUGAAAUAGCGUCUUUGAAGUUAAAAAUUUCAAUUUUAUACCUAAUCGGAUAUCCGAAUUAUUAAAAAAAAUUACAUUCGAUUUAAUUUCGACAA